AAUUCGAGCAGUGAAACCGUGCGGACGUGUGUUUUGUUGUGGUGGGUGCGUUGUUGUGUAUUUUCCUAUUGAGUUUCCAUCGCUUUCUCUCACAGCACCGUGCUUCCGUGAUUUAUUACACUUUUCCACUUAACAAGAAACAAGUGUCGGCUGGUGUUAUUUACAACGAAAAGAGUAGAAUGUUGAUUUAAAACCAGUUCUUCCGUUCCUCUCCCUACUGCGGCGGCCAUCUUGUUUGUGUGUGGUGUGUGAAGUAGCAAAACAGUGUGGCGAACGUUUUGUUUGGUCGCAUUUCAACAGUGAAGUAGUGUGUGGUGGCGCCGAUUGUGUGAGUGUGUGUGUGUCCGAAUAUCUCAACCGUGCCUACCGCUUUGCUCCCCGUGUGUGUGUGUGCGUGCUGCGAGUGUAUAUGUUUCCUGUGCUCGUGAGCCAGAGUCAAGUACGGUGUUUUAGUUUUUCCGUUCGAGAGUUUUUGCCGGAAAUCUGUCCCGGAUUUGAGGUUCUUCUGGUGAGAUAGAUUAGCAGCAGAAAGCGAACAACGCGACGAUCCAGCAGCAGUAGCAGCAGCAGAGACACAUUAUACACACAAGUGUUUACACAUUCACUCACAUCUCCACACUCACCUUCAAACACAUUCGCUCGCGGAAUCGGAAGCGGAAUAUUUGCCCUCCCCGUAGGUUUUGGCGAUUUUCCGCCCCUCGGGUCCCGUCAUCCGCUCAGAAAGGUGGAACGACGAAAAGCAAAAGGAACACGCCCGGAAACCGGCUUACGGUAAACGAGUCAACCAAGGCCCGCCAGCAGCACACAAUUUCCGGAGGGAGUGCGUCCAACAGCCAAUGGUUUAAAUGGACGCUACAUCCAUCAUUACGCAGGUGUCGCGGGAUGACGAACAGCAACUGAACAGCAGCUAUCCGAACGAAAAAGUCAACAAUGUAGAUAGGCUAAAACCGCCGAACCGUGGUUUCCUGGAGACGCUCUUCUGCUGUUGGCGAAAUGGACGAACGAAAAGCAAUGCGAGCGGGACACCGAACGAUGGUUCCAUCACGCCACCUCCGAUCCAGGGCCAGCCGCGGUAUCUGCUGCCACAGGUCCGACCUUCCGAUUUGUACAAGAAGUGCAUGGUGAUAGACUUAGAUGAAACCCUAGUUCAUAGCAGUUUUAAGCCAAUUCCAAACGCGGAUUUCAUAGUGCCAGUGGAAAUCGACGGUACCGUACAUCAGGUGUACGUCCUGAAGCGACCCCACGUCGACGAGUUCCUGAAGAAGAUGGGCGAACUGUAUGAGUGCGUCCUGUUUACGGCCUCGCUGGCCAAGUAUGCCGAUCCGGUGGCCGAUCUGCUUGAUAAGUGGAACGUGUUCCGGGCGCGGUUAUUUAGGGAAUCUUGCGUCUUCCACAUGGGCAACUAUGUGAAGGAUCUAAACAAACUAGGGAGAGAUUUACAGAAGAUUGUUAUUGUUGACAACUCACCUGCUAGUUACAUCUUUCACCCGGAUAAUGCUGUGCCAGUGAAGUCAUGGUUCGACGAUAUCAACGACUCGGAGCUGCUCGAUCUGAUACCACUGUUCGAGAAACUGAGCAAGGUCGACUCUGUAUAUAGCGUGCUGUGCAACACCAGCUCACAGUCCCAGCUGCCGACGUCCAUGUCGCACCACAAUCAGCAGGAGCUGCAAUCGCAACAGUCCCAGCAGCAGCAGCAGCAGCAGCAACUACAGUCGAAUUCGUCCGACUCGAACAAUACGUAACAUUGGCAACAAAUGUUUAUCAAUAUCGUAUGAUUCGUGCACGAUGCUGCCGGCGGCCGGUACGGUGAGCGGGUAGGGGCAAAGGAUUAGAAUUCGGUAAUCGAUGGAACAGCAGAAGCACAGGUGUACAGUUAAGUCACGUCCUUUCCCUGUAUGUGUGUGUGUGUGUGCGCGUGUGGGAGAGAGUGUUGUCUGUAAGUGGGGCAGGUGUGUAAGGAGGGGAAAAAUGAUUCAAACAAUCGAACCUACCACAGAGAGAGAGGGAGAAAGGGACAGGCGCGAUUUACUACUACACAAACGCAUACCGGAAGCAGUUGAUCAUUGAUUAUCUUUGUUAUUCUUUUUUAAAUAUUUUUAAUAAUAUUAUUUGGUAUUACACUACACACACACACACGGCACACACACGGCACACACAUCCCAGAGUCGACAAACACACACACACACACACACACACACGAAUAUACACACCGAUACAAGAAUACACCGAUUUGUUGGCACGUAUCGCGAUAGGAACGCUAGAUAAAGCUAUUUUAAAAUGUUCGUUUACAAUACAAAUCUUCUGCACAUGCUAGGGGAGUAAUCGCAGGGGGGGGGGGUUCGAUUUUGCAUAAUGAGGGUGAAGAAUCGGCUUACCUUUUUGCUAUACCCUGAAUUCCUCCCCCUUUCACUGUGCAAGAUGUGUAGCUGUAACCGAUAUUGCUUGUUUCCUUUAACUACUUUUGCUAGGAGGGUUCCUAGAGCCCUCUUGCGCACGAAUAAGGUUGCAAUAAGAAACAGUUUUUUUUGUUUGUUUGUUUGUUUUAAUAUUAUUUUAUUCUUACACAGCGUGCUGCUCGUACACGCCAAUGGGUAGGUGUAUGAUGAGGCAAGCGGAUAGGGAGAGACGGACAGAUAGUGUAUACAAUUGCCGUUUAGAAACGACCGCCACAGCACACACACACACACACACCACACAACUCACGGGACCGUACACCAUCCAUAAGAAGCAUCAAAAGGGAGAGAGGAUAGAGAGAAUACGGAACGAUACGGAGCGUGCGAUUUUAUAGUUCAAUAUAGCUUUUUACCGACGAUCAAAUGGACGCAUAAAAAUUUAGGCUCGACGAUAUAUUAGUAUAUACAUACAACUAUAUAUAUUAUAUAUAUAUACACUCACAUACGCAAACACACACAGACGUAAAGUGGAAUUUUGUAGCAAAAAAAAACACCUAAAACAAAACUAGACGGUGAAGAAGCAGACAAAAGAAAAGGAAAAGCUGCCGGAAAUGUUUUCCCGCGUGUCCCCCCCGUCAAAAGUCACACUCAAACAAACAGUCAUUGUAAUUAAGUACUAUUGAGAGAAAAGAAAACCGAACGAUGUCGUAUCCACGGGAAGAAGAGAAAUUGAUCAUCAUAAUCAAGAAAAAGAGGAUUUGUGAAAAAAAGCUAAAGAAAAGGGCGAAGUAGUGUUCGUGUACAAUUUUGUAUUUCACAAGGAGAAAAAAAACACACAGACAUAGUCAAACCUUAGUAAAUAUCUCUUGAGCAAGAUGUGCGCCUGGCACCGAUUAGGGCGACUAGGCAAAAGCUUCUUGUCGGAAUCGCCCGUCUUAACCCGUGGUUUGGAAGCAUAUUUAUUAAGUGUACUAAAACUCACCUUAUCAAACAAAUGCAAACCGAUGCUGGUGCCGUAGGGCAAGCGAAUGGUGGUGUGUAAAAAUGAAACCGGAACAAAACAAAUCAAGAUAAAAUGGAAACAAUUGUACAGUUUUAUACUGCGAAACAGACCGUUGCGAAGAGGAAGAACACAAGCUGCAUGCAGACACACACACACACACCAUUCGACAAACAGCCAUGCCGUGAAACUAGGAGGAAUUGACAGGACAACAUGCGAGAUUUUCGUUCCGUACCGGUGGUGUAUCCGCGUGCCGCCACUACUGAAUCGAGCCAUAUCGGGGGAUAUGCUGUGCUCGCCUGCCUGCACGUGAGUAUGGACCACUUUUAUUAACCGUUGUCCCGUGCUAUGUUUUGUGAUUUUCUUGCAAUUUUUCUAACAUGACGUACCUGGUCAUAAUGCUGCCAGACAAACACACCUUACGUUUGGGUUUACGUUGGACAUGAGCAUGAUUAAUUGGAACAUAUCAAUGUCAUUGGUGAGGCCGGUGGUAAAAAGAAAGCUGCUUAACAUGAGUUGUUUUCGUUUGAGACAUUUGAGGGCAUACUUACGAUUACAUAAACCGAAACGUGUUCUAACACCAGGGUUAUUGCAUACUACAACAAGGUACAGGCGCUCAGGGGCUUUACAACCAACAAUCGGCUUCAGUUCUUUCGCCAACCGGUAGAAACUUUCUUUACAUUUACUGUGGUAAAAUUUUCCAACUACAAUAUCUCGUCCAACAUUGGCUUAGUUGUGGCACACUUGGGGGAAGGCGGCGCAGAAAACUGGAAGACUGAACUGUAUGAAGCAAAAAAGAGAGAUAAAGAGAAAAAAAACAUAUUUUUGGCAUUCGUGCAUGCUUGUGUGCAGGAAAAAAAAAGAAAAGAAAUAGGGACAGGGACAAAUUUAGAACCGCAGAACCAUAUUGCUCGAAGGAAUGAAGGGAAUACACAAUUGUACACCUACCUCUUGAUUCUUAUUACGAUUAUUACUACUACUGCUGCUGCUGCUGCUGCUGCUGCUGCUACAAAACGCCUCUUUAGGAUGGACCUUCCUGUUCUAUACUAUCCUAUUUACUGCACAGUGCGGCGUAUCUGUUAGGUCAGAAUAGAAUGUUAACGUAGCACUUUUAUGAUCCUUAAAAUGAUCCGAUGCUCUUAAGUCUUAACUUAACUCUUAAAUACUUCAGUUGAUAAUUCCCUUACCUAUGGGGCGGUACGAUGGCCGAGGGUAAAGCCGUAUCGAGCGAGUCUUCACACGACAGAACCGGGGCUCAAAUCCAAUCCAGACCGCACACAGGUCUGUGACUACCUUGCUACGGGUGAAAGAAAGUCACAGAAAGCCAGAAAUGGCAGGCCGACACCUUUCGAGGUUGUAGUUGCCAAGGAAGGAAGGAUUCCCUUACCUAUAUAAUCAUUUCCGAGUAAACGCUCCGGACGAUAUAGGGGUUUGACAUGUUUUUCAAUGUUAUGUAAUUUUACAUGCAUUUUGUAAGAAAAAAGGCGUAUAAUUCGUGAUGAAUUAUCUUUUGCGCCUGGUGAAAAAACUCUGGUUAACCCCGAUAAGAUUUAUUGGAGUUUGAAAUCAUUCAAGGCAGAAAUGUAUGUUGCGGUCAUUACAAGUGCUAUUUUGAUCAUCUAUUCUGACCUAGCAAACGUGGCAUAAAAUUAUCCUUGCCUUUAAAAUCCCUUUACCACACUCUUCCCGCCCCUCUUUCUUCCUCACCCAUCACCCACGGGAAUCAACCACAUGCCUUCACACUUUCUACUGCAAAUGCGAUCAGAUAUGACCAAUUUAUCGCUUAGGCUUGAAAAAACAAAUGUUAAACCGCCGCUGUAUUGUACUAUGUACAUAUAUAUACACACACAAACGUAUAUAAAGAGUGAUUUGCCGUUUUUCCUUCCUGGCUCCUUUAUAGUGGCUGAUGCUUGAUUUAGGCUGAAGCUCUCCUAUUUUUCGGUUAUGAACAACUUUCGUUAGUGGUAUCUUAGGAGGAAAGUAGAACGUAUCGAACUGUACUAGCAGGAAUUGAAAUUUACGGCUCAGUUUGCUAGAGGAGGCUGCAGUAAACCAGAUCGCGGUCGUCUUCUAAACCGUAACACGACGACCCUACUAUAGCUGUCGAGACAUAUUUUUCUAUACACGUACACUGGGGAGGGGGAGGGGAGGGGAGAUCAAAUGACACUCAAUUUAGUACUCGGAAAUUUUGGAGGGAGUUUUGAUACAUAAAUCACACGCUUAGUUUGGCCAUAUGAAAAUUCACCAAUGCAUAACCAUCCAUAGCAAGGUGACAGACACGGUCACUACUCCCUAAGGAAGAAACUAGCCCCCAAGAUAGGACAAUUUUCUACCACAGUUUAAGGGAACCAAUAAGAACGUAUUAAAUUCACUUAAAAGCCGUGUAGUAGCUUUUUUAUUCCACGCAAGCCGCAAACCGAGACAAAUCGGCACGUGUGAGACUAGUCGCGCUAGAUAAAUCCGGUCCAAGCACGGAACUGUUUUGAUGUGUACAGAUGUGAAAAGCCACCCCUCUCCCAUCCCCCGCUCCCGUAUGUGGGAAAUAGACGGACCUGUAUGUGUGUAUGUAGGUGUGUGUACUGUAUAGGAAAAGGGAAAAGGUGCAUUCGGGAACCCAAAACGGGCGUGUGUCUAACCGGCUGCAUUAUUACUACUGUGUCUGUGUCCUGUGUGAGCGCGUGUGUAAAAAGUAAACAAACAAGUAAAAACAAAACACGAAAGUAAAGAGAAUGAAAGAGGAAAACUGAAACAAGAAAAAAACAAAAGAAAUAUUUGAUUAUACCAUACACCAACCAAUCAACUUAAAUGGUAAUAAAGAAACAAAAAAACGGAAAAUGUAAAAACAAAACAAAACAAACAAACAAAAAACACCAAAAAUCACACUAAUACACACGGCUGAUGUGCAAACACAAGUCAUGCCAGUUUUCGUUGUUGUUGAUCUAAGUAUCAAGCGUUUCGAGUAAUUUUUGAGUUUUCUCUUCCGUUUUUGUUACUUUUAUACCUUUCUUUUCUCUCGACAAAAACACCAUUUGUUGUUUGGUUUUAGUUUCUUUUGUUUUUGGUUUUAAAUUGUUUCGCUUGCAAGUGAGUGGGCCGGAAUGCGCGUACCCGCUGCCCUCCUCUAUCUUCUUUUUAAUGCCUUUAAUGUAUGGUUUUGUCGUUUUUUUACGGCGCAAAAUGAUGAAUAUUUAAAUAAAAAGUAAAGGGAAACCCCACAACAGUGUAGCAUUGUGUACUAAACAGAGGAGAACAUUAUACAAAAAAAUCAGUUUUAGUUAAGAAGCUUUUGUUAGGAGUAGAAAACCGAACCGAGUAGAAAAGAAGUGGGUGUGUGCGUGUAGCAAUGGCAAUCAUUUAACCCAUCCUCUUUUCUUUACAUAUUGUUAUCUAAUGAUUACGAGUGAAAUUUCGAUGCGGUCGUAUCUAUAUAUUAUUUAACAGGAUUUGCUUUGCCUAUUUCGUUCGUUCAUUUUUGUUGUUGCGGUAAACUGUCGAGUAUAAGUAUGUAAGUUUUCACUAAAAUUGAAAAUUAUUUAGACAUUAAGUGAGAAGUGUAGUGAAAGGCGAAGGGUAGAGGUUUUCUUUUGCCUCUGCUACACACACAGCCUACUGAUGCCAGUAAUACAGGACAAUACAAUACAGCAGAACCGACAAAUGAUGCGAAAGUAAUGCUAGCACCUAGCAACGGACAUAUUGCUAUAUAUACACACACACGACGAAAACACACACACACAAAUACAAUUGUUUUAAUCUAAAUUUUUAUUAGUCAUCAAAGUAUGCCACACCGCGCAGUCGUAUCGUUAUUUAUUUUGUUGAAUAGUUCUUUCCAUUUUUUGUUUGUUUGAUCCCGAUGUACUAAUUUUGUGUUGUAGGGGGGAAAAACCACGAUCGUAUCGUGUAUUCAUAUUGUUUUUUGUUCGUAGUGUGUUUUAUUUUGUAGUCGAUUUGUUUUGAUAAAAUUAGCAUUAAAGUGAAAUUAUAAUUUAAAAAACAAGCAAGCAUUUAUCCGUUUUCCUUAGCACAAAAAAAACAACCACAACGCGAACAGCAAAAGAAUUGAAAAAUAAUUAAAAACUAACACUACACACACACACGCACGCACGAGCGAUGGAGAGAAAAAAGAGGGAGUUGAUAAUAAGGAUAAUAGGAAAUAGAUAAACUAAAUCCCUCCCGAACCUCGACGGCUUCAAGAAAAAAAAAGAAACAACAACAAGAAAGGGAAAUUAUUAUAAAGCAUUAUUAGUUAACUGAUAGGAAGAUGGGCGUGCGAGCAGAAAGAGAAAGCUAAGCGUUUAGGAAGAUAUACAUUUAAAAGUAAAAACAAAAAGCAAGCAAACAAACAAAAUCAGCACACGACGAUAGUGGGGAGAAGAGGGAGCACGAUUUGUUUUGUUCCUUAACAAACAAACAGGAGAGUAGGAAACCGCAAGAAUAAAACAGUUAAAACAGUUAAAGCAAACUGUUUUGAUAUAUGGUAAGGAAAGGGACGGUCAAGUGCGAGAGGGUGGAAAACUAGGAAAGCGUAUAUUAAAGUACAUCAAAGUUGCUUGCUGUCCUUGUGAGGGAAAAACAAAAACGGAAAGGUAAACGAUAGGACACGCAUUAGAAUCAGCAACAAACAGCAAAAAGGAAAAGAAAAAGAAACACACAGAAAAGGAUUUAAUAAUAAUAUAUUGUCACAUUUCGUAACCAA